AAUAAACUGGGAGUUCAGAGACAUUGUUAAAGUCAAGAAGCCAACAUAACCCCAGCAGAAUGAAUAACGUAGAAUCCCAAAUGGAGAAUGGACUUUUAGUUGUCCGAGAGAUUAAACCCAAACAGCGUUUCUGCCACUGGCUCGGAAUCUGCUCCUUCGUCCUCUUACUGGUGGCCACCGUCAUCUUGGCCCUUCUGCAUUUCGAGAUUCUCCCAAGACCUGCAAAGAAGGAUGAAAUUGAAAUGCCAGAGUUUGUGGGCAUCAAGACAUUUUUAGAUUCUGUUCCACAAGAAGCUAGAGCACAGACAAGAGUGGCAAACAAGCUGGCCGCCCAUUUGACCGGUGUUAGAAGCAAAAAUGAGAUCUCCUGGAAAGGGGAGUCCCAAAAUUCCUUUUUGGAGAAUGAGAUGAAGCUUAAAAACAAUGCCUUGGUAAUUCCAAAGGAUGGGCUGUACUUCGUAUACACACAAGUCAUCUUCACCGGCUUAUCCUGCGUGGACACAAAUGCUAUCCAGCUGACACACAAAGUCAAUAAAUACAGUGACUCAGAAGGAGACUCUUCGCCCAUCCUCACAUCAACUAAAACAGCCUGUGAGGUACAAUCUAAAUCCGCUUGGUUCCAUCCUAUAUACCAAGGUGGAAUUUUUCAGCUUGACAAAGGAGACGUGCUCUCCACUUCAACCACCGACAUUAAAUAUGUUGAUACAAAUAAUGGGAAGACCUACUUUGGUAUUUUGGCUAUAUAAGAAGAUACAAGGUUUGAAUACACCAGCCAAUGUUUCAUCAUGGUCAGCGGCAUCUGAAAAUACAGGAAAUGGCAAGCCUGGUUCUAGAAGGUUGACGUGGUAGAUGUCAACAAUACGUCUUGGACUUACAAAGCUCUAAAACUGUAGUUUAUAGCUAUUUUCCAUAAUAUUUAUGGGAAUUACAACUUCUACAUCCUCAACGAUCUACUUAGAAAGCAAAGCUGGUGGAAGGUUUGCCAUAGUAUUUUUUCGAUGGAUCAGUUACCAGAUGCCCAAAGAUCACACGAAUGGACAUCCCGAUUGGAAAGUCUUGGAAUCUUGCCCUUACAAUCACAACCAUGACUUUGAUUCAUUUUUUUUACUAUUUAUUUUAUUUUAUUUCAGAUCUGUUACAAAAUCCUCUCUUAUUUUGAGCGAUACUAGCUUUUAAUAUGUAUUUAUUUAUUUAUACUGUUAUUUAUUUAAAUAUUGUUAUAAUGUAACAUGUAGGCAUGUAUUUUUAUUCUAUUUUUUGUAUUUAUAUGUGAGCAGAGGGAGUCUUACGUUUGCAUACAAUGUAUGCUUUUGUUAAUCUUCAUUUUGAAGAGUGGAGAGUAUGCAACCAUUUCAAACUGUUAAUAUGUCAUAUGGAGGUGUGUUCAUUUCAAUAACACAUUUCCCAUUCACCCCAGCGGAAACAAUAAAAAAGACAACGGGCAUUAUUCUCAAACAGGAUUAUUCAUUAAGGUGAGAAUUCAAAGAGAAUUUCAAAUUCAUGGUAAAAAAUUAGACGGACUGGAAUAACUCUCAAAUAUGUCAAAUAUGCUUGCAGUUCAUCUAUCUUGGCCUUAAAUUUAAAUUCACUUUGAAUUCCCAGUUUAGAGAAUAAGACUGAGAGAGUCAAAUACUAGCUGGGGAUGAUGGGAAUUGGAGUGCACUUCCUUGGUCUUAACAUUUCUUUCACUCUUGAAAUAGUCUUUACAAAAAUAAUUCUUUAGAAUUACUAGUUAAUCUCUCAUGAGAUGAGACGAACUUACAAUGAAAGUCCUGCCUCGAAAUUAUGUUGUCAAAUAACACUAGGAGACUCCGUGACCUCUGCUAAUGACCUUGGAACUCAGGGCUUAAAUGUUCUCUCUGUUUUUGGAAUGUAUUUAAAUUUGAAUGUAUUUAAUUUAAUCUCUUUAUGUUUAAACCUCCUAUGGGGGGAAUUAGAUUGAGAAACGGAAAAAUGUUCUCACGUGUAUGUAUUUUAUCAUACAGAUAUAAUAAAUUAUAAAAUGACAUUUUUUUUGUGCAUGCGAUUUUUCUUAUUUUAUAUCAUC